AUGGCAGCCUCCAUACGUCAGAUGAAACUGAAGAAUGUUGUCGUGCGCGGGUCAUUCAAUCAUCAAAAUCGUCAACCAAGUCAAGAGAACUAGUCGUUAAUUUACACAAAACAUGAGUUAAAUAUGGGUCACAAUCACAGCAGCAGCUCCAGCAAGCACAGUCUGGGGGAGUGGCGAGACUUCCUCUUCUCCCAGGGACACCUGCUCAAACAGGUGGCGACGCUGAAAUAUGCAGACUUUGUACAGGCAGUGGAUGGCCUUAACACCAUCUCCAACACAUUAAGCAACUCCAACGGCAAAUACCUAGUCUUCAGUAUCAUUCCAGGUACCGACUGCACAACGAUACUCUGGAAGUCUCGGGUCAGGAUCCAGUGUUGUAAGAUGCUUUGUGCAGAGGACAGAUGCGAAUCCACACGGAUAAUGACCCUCAAACAGUUUGUGCAAGUCUACGACAGUAUUAUGCAGCAGUGCAAGAGUAUUGAAGACAGACUAAAGGGGAGGGGAGAUAAGGAAAGAUGCAGAACCGAUCAAGACGAUGACUUCCCCGCGGUUACGGGAGAUGCUAAAUGUGAUGAGAAAGAGGCGCAGUGCACAUGCAGGCUGGGCGGGGCAUCGGAAGAAGCAUCGGGGGAGGAAUCGAGGGCGGAGCUAAGCGCAGCGAAGGAGGGUGACCAGCCGCACCCGAGAAUGCCAGAUGGCUGGCUUGAGGUCUCGACAAUAUUUGCUGCUGUGGAGCAGGUGUCGUUGGAGUCCAUCGAUGAAGGUGACUGCUGUAUCUGUAUGGAGAACAAGGCUGACAUAGUUCUGAGCUGUACUCACACGUACUGUCACCUUUGCAUUGAAGACUGGAGGAAGCAACAUAACACUUGCCCCAUGUGCAUGGGUGACAUAGGCACGACCAAUGACCUCUGGGCGCUGCCGGACAAACCCAAUGCCGAUGAGAUGACCACGUACCUGAUGAGCAUCGCCGACAGCAAGGAGCAGCGUAGAGCAGAGAAUCCACAAACAAACAGACCAGAGCCCGAAGAAUGGGAGAAGGUGUCAUUUGAAUGGUAGUCUCGGUCCAAGACUGGAUUUGACUUUUGUUCCAGUAAAAUAUUGUUUGAUCAGUUACACAGACAACCAAAGGUUUCUUCCACUUCCCCUGCCAUGCAUCUGUACACAUGUACCAGGCAUGCAACUUUUCCUCGAAUCCGCUGAUUUCCUCGUUUUUUACUUCUCGUG